AUUUUCUGAAAAUAGAAUGAGUGUUGCAUCUAAUUCUAAAUAGGAAAAUGAAGUCAAAGAAAGUGUAAUUGAAGUAAUAUUAAAUAAAGAUUAAAACUUAGACAAAAUUCACAUGGACAACCAAGAGUAUAGAAAAACUAAAAGAGCUACAUGUUUUGUAAUAGGGGAACUGGAAAUCUAUCAGUACAUUGAUAAAUGGUCCAACACCUUUAGAGUGUAUGUACAAAUGGCAACAACUCCAUCCAGAUCAAGUAAUAAAAUUAUAAUAAUAUAGACACCUUCUAGAUAACUAUGGUCAUCAGAAGAGGAUGAAUAAUUAAAAGAAUUAGUCUAAAAAUUUGGUAAAAAAUGGAGUAAGAUCUGUACAAUAAUGAAUUGGAGAACUGGGAAAUAAGUAAGAGAACGUUAUUUGAACUAAUUAUAAGGAACAAUUAAUUAAGACAAGUGGACUGAAGAGGAAGAUAAAUUGAUAUUAAAAUUAUAUAAGAAGUUUGGAACUAAAUGGAGCUAUAUUUCAAGUUUUUUAAAUGGAAGACCUGUAAAUUUCUAUUUCUAUUUAUGUAGGAAAAUAUGGUCAAAAAUAGAUUCUAUGCAAACUUGAAAAGAAGAUACUAAUGUGAUUUAGGUGAUUCAGAUGAUGAAGAUUUUGAAGAAGAAUCAUUCAAUUCAUCAAAUGAGGAAAAAAGUUAAAUUUAAAGGAAAAGAAAACCAUAAAAGACUCUUAAAGAACCAUUAAAAAUUAAAAAGCUUUAGGUUUCUGAUGAAAAUAUAGAAAAUUUUUAAAGAAUGACAAGAUCAAAAAAUCAAAAACAAAAUGAUGAUAGUUUAAAAUAAGAUAGUCCAAAUGAAGAUUAACAUAAUGAAAAUAAUUCAGGUAUUAUCCUUUUUUAUUUUUUUAGGAUUGUAAAAUAUUCAGAGUUCACCAAGUUAUUGUACUACUUAAGCAAAUUAAAUAACCAUUAAAGAAGAAAAUUAAUUAAAAUGUGAUAAUUUUAAUAAUAAUAAUUCUUCCAUCAUUUAAUAGCAUAUUCCGUAAAUUCCAUUAAUCAACUUAAUCCCAAAUUCCAUGUCCCAACCUAUUUUUAACCCUUAAUUCCUACAAUAAUAGUAAAAUGCUCUCAUUUAUCCAUAAAAUAAUUUACAAAGCUUGUCAAAUAAAUUAAAUACAUUUUAAUUCAAAUAGCCUUAAUUAGACAGAAUGCAAAUGUCAUAUCCAAUCAACUAAUUCCCAAGAAUUAGUUUUGUUAACCCUUUUUUAGAAAUUCUGUAACAAUAGUAAUUGCUUAAUAUUUAAAUUCCUAUCAAAUCUCAAUUUUUAGGUCAGAUUGAUCCAAUUACAUAAUGGACAGAAUUUUAGAAAACUUAUAAUAAUCAGAUGUUGUCAAAAAAUUUGUAACCAUGAGGUUAAAAGAGAAUGUAAAC